GCCUUCUGCGCCUGCGCAGGGCGGGCGGGACGGGCGGCGCGAGGAUUCGAAUGUGUAGCGCGUUCGUCCGAGGGGCUGGAGGUCGGCCGUCGGCUCAGCUGCCCUCAGCAUGAACCCCAUCCAGACUUUCCACUGUAAGCUGCGGGGUCUGGCCACCAUGCUGGACAGCGAGACGGCCCGGCUGCUGAGAGCGCUGGACGGCGAGGACAGUGACUUUGAAGAUUCUCCAGUGAGGAUUUUGAAUGGCCUUCAUUCAGAAGUCCAGACUCUAAAGGAUAAUGUUAAUGCUCUUCUUGAUAAAGCAAGAUUGGAAAGUCAAGAAAGCACAAGGUUCAUAAAGGCAACAAAAGUACUGAUGAAAAAAAAUUCAGCAGACGUCAUAAAACUAAGAGAGUUUUUCCAGAAGUAUGGAUACCAAGCACGGGACAAGGAGGAUUCAGCAUGUGAGCACAGAGUGAAUAAUUCCACCUCAGAGUUAGCGGUGUGUAAAGACAUUGAGAAGCCUGGUGUGAAGAAUGAGCUGUCUGAUCCCUGUGUUCCGAGCAGUUCUGUUUCUGAAGAGCCUCUUCGAAGCCCACAGCUUUCAGACUUUGGACUUCAGCGGUACAUGGUCUCCCAGGUCCCAGCAAACCUUUCCCAGACAACUGUCAGCCUCAAAGAAGAAUGUGCAUCCGAAAGCCCUCCUGCCAAAGAACCCUAUGUCCAAGUGCUCAAGACUCCUAGGUGUGCUCUAAAGAUGGAUGACUUUGAGUGUGAAACUCCUAAGCUAGAACACUUUGGUAUAUCUGAAUAUACUAUGUGUUUAAAUGAAGAUUACACAAUGGGACUUAAAAAUAUGAAGAACAUUAAAAGUUUCCCUCUGAGCUGUGCCAGUGGAGACGCCAUAGGGACAGGACCAGUGACCACUGACAAUUCUCUUGCCAUUCCUGGUCCCAUAAUCCAGCAGCUGGAAAAGAAUGAUGCGGAAUACAUAAAUUCACCAUUGCCACCUAAAUUCUGCACUCCUGGUUUGAAAAUUCCUUCUACAGUGGACAGUACGGAUUUGGUAUCUAUAGAUUAUCCACUAUCAAAACCAAAUUGUUCAUCAACUGAUUUGGAAGUUAAAGAUUGUGCUCCAUUAAUUUUAAAUUCAGAUGAAUGCUAUCAGAAUUUUGCAGACCCCCCUUCUCCAACAGUUACUUCUUAUGAAAAUUUCACAACACCCUCUCCUCCGAAAGUCACUGCGAUUCCAGAAGACAUUCUCCAGAUGUUAACAAAGCACAACUCAAACCUCGCUUCUCCCAUGGAUGGUAAAGCAAUGCCACGGAGGAAAGCCUUCCUCAAGUACGAGGGGCAGAGCGCUCGGGGUGCCGCCAACAAGGAAAACUGGUAACAGUGAGUAAGAGCACACCUACAGACUGAGCCUGAAUUACCCGAGACCUUUGACAAGUAGGGUGAGAGUGGUGGAGAGAACCCUUUCCCUUCACAGUGCCAUGAACCAGCCCCAGGAUCCCACAUCCCCAGAUUAUUAUAAAUCUGCUUGUGUGAUAAUGAACCCACUCCUAACACCCUCUAUUUUAAGUUUAAUUUUUAUUAUCAGUUCUUGAAAUAAUCUUAUUGUAUAGCUUUGGCUGGCCUGGAACUUGCUACAUACACCAGGCUGGCCUCAAAUCACAGAGAUCUGCCUGCCUGCUUUGGUAAAUGUCAUUAUAUAGCUUUUCUUUUAUAGUGUGUGAGUGUGUAAAAGUAUAAAAUACUUAGCUACGAUGUUGCCUUCUGUUCUGAUGACUCUUAAUUGUCCUUACUUGAUUUUGUUUCUUUUGUAAGAAUUCUACAGUGGAUAUAUCCAAUACAGAAGCUGGACAGAACAGGAAAGUGAACUGGACUAAAGUUCUCAGAAUUGUAACUGGUUAGCACAGACCAGUAGAGGUGGAGGGGAGGGCUCCUGCUGGCAGUCAUUGUUCUUCCCCCCAGCCCCAGCCCUUCUCUCUCAUCUCAUUCUUACAUGAUUCACUGCACUCUGAUGGCCUCUCCAACUUACGUCUCCAGCUUGACCACCCAGCAAAUCAUGAUUCUACCUGGAAGAUUCCAAACACCACCUCUGAGCCAGAAGCCUUGGGAACAUCUUGAUUCUAGAACUACCUACUGGCCUUUAACAAAGGCCAAGAUCCUUCUGAUCCAAGAACAACUAGAAAGUAAUUCUCCAAGUUUCCAAGUUCAUGUAAACUGCUACUUGGGAGAGCUUUGCACUGCAGCCACGUAGGGAAUGAAGAGCCGGUGUUCUGUAGAGACUGGCUACAAUUUUGAGAAAUAAUUGGCAAGUACCAAUUGACUUACUAGUUUUAGGAAUUUUUUUCUCCCAAUACAGUGUUUCUCUGUGUAGCUGUGGCAGUCCUGAAACUCACUCUCUAUAGACUAGGCUAGAUCCUCCUGUCUCUACCUCUUGAGUAGAGAUUAAAGAUGUGCAUCAUCACCGUCCGGCAGCUUUAAGAAAUUUUGUGUGACAUAAAGAUUAUUCUAAUUGUGUAUGAAGAAUCAAGUGGAGGGCUGGAGAGAGGGCUCAGUAGUUAGGGCACUGACUGUUCUUCCAGAGGUCCCGAGUUCAAAUCCCAGCAACCACAUGGUAGCUCAUAACCAUCUGUAAUGGGAUCCAACGCCCUCUUCUGGUGUGUCUGAAGACAGCUACAAUGUACUCAUCUACAUAAAUAAUUCUUCAUAAAAAAAAAGAAAUCAAGUGGAAAAAUUCCAGGAUAAUUCUAAAUGCUUGUAUUUUGUUGUUGUUGAUGAUGUUGUUGUUGUACAUAAUGUAAAAUAAAUGACUUUCUGAGUAAAA